CCCACUUCCCGAUGAAAGUCGUGUAUUAGAAACUUCUGUUUUUGGAAAUUUAAUGUGCCUAUGAUGGCAAAUACGUAUGACAGAUUUGGUCUUGGGCUGCUAUUACUUCUCUGCCUUUAUAUCUACCCUGAUCUAGUUUUUGGAGCUACUUCCUUUAUCCCUUUUGAGAAGAGUGUGGCAGUGAUCGAAGGAGAAACAGCAAGUCUUGUGUGGAACUAUACCGUUGAUGAUAGGAACACUGAGUUUGGAAACAAGGCUCCUAAGUGGUUUACUUAUUCCACUGGAACCAAAGAAUUACUCAUGUACGAUAAUGCCUUCGCAAGUUGGAGUUCGGUGGUAGACUGCCCUGCAAGAUACAUAGGUCGUAUCAGCCGAAAACCAGUGGCAACACUGGUUAUUAAGAACGUCACUAAAAACGAUGCAGGCAACUAUAGCUGUGAAAUAGAAUUUAAUGGCCCUGUUCUUCCCAUUAAAGCCUACAUUUUCCUUACUGUUGAUGAUCCACCAACAUCACCUCCGACAAAAGACCAAACUAUAGCAACAACAACAGGAUCACCCCAAGGUGUUACUACAACACAAGGUUGGUACAACUUUUGCAUGCCACCCUCAAUUUAG